GUUUUUCCUUUCGGAAUCAAAAGAAGCAACUAUGAACGCCUUUGUGAUUUUAUCCGUGUUGGUGGCAUCUUGCUACGCUGGUUACGACAAGAAACAGGUUGGAGGCCCAUACCCAGGUCCAUACCCUUUACCAGGUGGUGGUCAAAAGCCAGGAACCUGUCCCUACAACUCUGAAGGUGGCUCUCUUGGAAACUAUUGCUACAAUGAUUAUCAAUGUCCAGGCCAACAAAAGUGUUGCUUCGUAUAUUACUCUUUGCAAAGAAGAUGCCAAGUUCCCCAGGAAUUUCAAAGACCUGGUCAGUGCCCAACCUAUUACUAUGGACAACAAUUUGGAACUGGAUAUUGCAACACUGAUUGGCAAUGCCCAUACGGAUAUAAAUGUUGCAGUGGCGCUAAUGGGGGCGUAAACACAUGCAGAAUAGCUGUGUACCGAGGAUACCAAGGAGGCGUCGGUGGUGUUUACCCAGGCGUCGGUGGUGUUUACCCAGGCGUCGGUGGUGUUUACCCAGGCGCCGGUGGUGUUUACCCAGGCGCCGGUGGUGUUUACCCAGGCGUCGGUGGUGUUUACCCAGGCGCCGGUGGUGUUUACCCCGGUAGUGUUUACCCAGGCGCUGGUGGUGUUUACCCAGGCCUUAAGAGGAAAGUCUACUAACCAUCUCAACAGUCUUUUUUUCUACUCAAUAAAUCGUAAUAAAUAAUACUUCAGCAGAA